AUGACGAUCUACAAUCUAUACCUAUUUAACAAAUCUGGACAAUGUAUUGUCUACAAGGAGUGGAAGCGAGAGAAGAGCUCGGAUAUGUCAAAAGAGGAGGAGUUUAAGUUGGUUUACGGAAUGUUAUUGUCUCUUCGCUCGUUCUCGACCAAACUCUCGACUAAAGGUGGCCAACAGAUGGUGGAAUCCUUCAAGACAUCAGCCUACAAAAUGCAUUAUUUGGAGACGGCGACAGCAAUCAAAAUGGUCCUGAAUACUGACCCAGAUGCCGAAGGUAUACAUCAGUUGCUUCAGAAGAUUUACGAAGUAUACGUGGCGACUGUGGUGAGGAACCCGGUGGUUAACACGGACGAAGAGAUUGUUUCAGAGCUGUUUCAUACGAGGUUAGAUGAAGUUGUGAAAGGUCAUCAUUGUUACACGUGA